AUGCGCUCCAGUCCAGUCCUUCUCCUCCUCGCCCUGGCCCUCCCCGCCCUCACUUCCCCCAUACCCCAAGAAGGCAACGAGCAAAUCGACCGCUUCAAUGUCUCCCCCACCCCCACACUCGACGCCGUCCCCUCCGCCACAGCCACCCCCUCCGCCGCUGGUGCCCCCGAGCCCGUCGACCCUGCGAUGCAAGCCCUCGCCAAGCCACCCCAGAUCGACGCUGACGACGGCAUGAAGUCCGGCAUGGGCGCCGCUAUGGCCGGCCUCGGUUCCGCCACUUCCGCACUCUCCGCCCUCCCAGUCGUCGGCGGUCUGGGUGGCAGCCUGGGCGGCCGUGAUGUCGCGGUAAAGAAGAGAUGGGCCCUGCUGGAAGGACUACCUGUUGUAGGCCCUCUCCUGGGCAGCGGCCUGGCGGGACGAGUCAAGAGGACGUUGUUCCCUACGCUCGCGAGCAUGCCGGACAUGGGCUCGAGCGGAGUGGUCAAUGUGGGGCAUAAGGCCAAGAGGGAGGCCAACCUUCUUUCCUCGCUGCCGCUGCUGGGCAGCUUGACGGGUGGGAAAGUGAAGCGUCAACUCGAUGGGCUCACCGGCGUAUUGGGAAUCCUGGGCAACCUGGGCGGUGGCCUCGGUGGUAGCAAAGCAAAGCGUGAUCCGGCAUUUGAGGCCCUGGGCGAGGUCCCGGGUGUGGCCACGACGUUACUCAAGGCCUUCGGCAAACAGAACAGAAGGCGUCAGCUCGAUGGUAUCCCCGUCCUCGGUCCUCUUCUAGGUGGUGGCCUUGGAAAUAUCUCCCCACGAGGCGAGGACCCCCUUGCUCAGAUCAAGAAGAUGGCCGCCGUCGUGGCCGAUAUCCGCGGUGUCACCUCGAAGCGUGAGGCCGAAGCCGAAGCCGAAGCUACUCCGGAGCAGGGUGAUUUCAGACAGGGCCUCCGAAAAGCGGCCGAUGCCAAGAUUGAAGGCGAGCUGAACAAGGUCGAGGACAAAUCCGAGAGGAAAAUCAAGAUCAAGAACACCAAGUUCCCCGGCGGCAAGGUCAAGUCUCCCAAGGAGGCGCUGGACAAGAGAGAGGCCGAGGCCCUUGGCCUGGACGCUCUGCCGGUAAAGGAUGCGGUUGAAGGCGCAACUGGCCUGAAGUCCACGAUGGAUCUGGUGAAGAACUUGUCUAGCCAAGUGGAGAACCGGAAUGGAAAAUAG